UUCUCCGUCGUGUCCCUUUGCUAAAAGCUUAAAGAGAAAAAAAACCAAAUCGGACAGUACUGUGCCCACGCAGCGCGCGGAGGGGCGGACGCCGGCGGCGAGAUCCUGCGGUGGCGGGGGAUGGCGGCGGGGAGGCGGGGGGCGGCGGAGUGGUGGCGCUAGUGGCGGGCAGACGUCGGGUGGGCGUGGGGUUCCGGGGACGCGGGGUAGGUGGGUGAGAGGGACAUGAAGGCGCUCCGGCGAUCCAGCACCUCGUCCUCGCCGUCGUCGUCGUCCUCGCCGACGGCCGCGUCCUCCCCGCCGUCCUCGUCGUGGAUCCACAUCCGGUCGCUCCUCGUCGCCGCCGCGUCCUCGUCCUCGUCGUCGUCCUCCUCCUCGGCGGCCGCGGCGGGGAGCGCGGUGGCCGUGGUGUCGUCUGCGGCGGCCGCCACGUCUUCGUCCGCGCCGGCAUCGUCCUCGCCACACUCGGAUCGAGGUGGUAUUAAAUCUCCAUGGUCCCGAAGGAAAAGAAAAAGAGCACUUUCUCGUGAACAGUGGGACAGUCUAUUUUCAGCAAAUGGGAAGCUUCGUGAUGGUGGAAAGAAGUUUCUCAAGAAAGUUCGCAGUGGAGGUAUUGAACCAGGCCUGCGGGCAGAAGUUUGGCCCUUCCUGUUAGGAGUCUAUGAUUUGAAUAGCUCUGAAGAAGAAAGGACCACUGUCAGGAUCAAGAAAAGGAAAGAGUAUGAAAAGCUGAGGCGGCAGUGCCAACAAAUUCUGACUGGCUGCAAGGGAAAUGGGUUGAAGGCAAUAACUGAAGUUAAUAAUGAGGAGUGUUCUAGUGUAGAGGGUACUGCUGAAGGAUCUGAAUCACCUUGUUUUGAAGAUGCCCAUGCUGUAUGUACUCCUGUUUCACUCGAGGAGCUGAAACCUGAACAUAAUGAAGCUGAGCAACCAGAGAACAUUGUAGAAUGUAUGGAAGAAGAGACAGAUGAAUUAAAUUAUGCAUAUCCAUGCAUAGCGGAGUCAGAGUCAUCUGAUUCUGAAUCAUCCGACGAGGAUGACCCUGGAAGGAUGUCUGUGUCUGGUGAAGAGAAUUGUGAUCCAGAUCCUAAAUUUACCAGGAGCACUUCAUUUAAGGCGGAUUUUUUUAGGUCUAGCAGAACCUCAGAGGACUUUGCCACAUGGCAGCGCAUCAUAAGGUUGGAUGCUAUCAGGUCAAACAGUGAAUGGAUUUUGUUCUCCCGCAACCAGGCUGAAGUUUCCAAAGAGAGAGCAAUGCAGUCUGCAGCAUCUGUUGGGUUGAAAGAUUAUGAUCACUUAGAACCCAGUAUGAUUUAUCAUGCUGCCCGAUUAGUCGGACUACUUGAAGCAUACGCAGUCUACGAUCCAGAGAUUGGCUACUGCCAAGGUAUGAGUGAUCUCUUAUCACCUAUCAUUGCAGUGAUGGAGGAGGAUGACGAAGCAUUUUGGUGCUUUGUGGGUUUCAUGAGGAAAGCAAGGCACAACUUCAGGCUUGAUGAGGUUGGAAUAAGAAGGCAGUUGAAAAUUGUCUCUCAGAUUAUCAAGCGCAAAGACUCGCACCUGUAUAGGCAUCUCCAGAAGUUGCAGGCUGAGGACUGUUUCUUUGUAUACAGAAUGGUAGUGGUUCUCUUCAGGAGAGAGCUCACUUUUGAGCAGACUGUAUGCCUGUGGGAAGUUAUGUGGGCUGAUCAGGCAGCCAUACGGGCUGGGAUCGGGAGGUCUACCUGGGGAAGAAUAAGGCUGCGUGCUCCACCAACCGAUGACCUGUUACUUUAUGCUAUUGCUGCAUGUGUCCUGCAGAGGAGGAAACUAAUAAUUGAGAAGUAUAGCAGUAUGGACGAGAUACUGCGAGAGUGCAACAGCAUGGCUGGGCAGCUAGAUGUCUGGAGGCUGCUAGAUGAUGCACAUGACCUUGUUGUUAACCUCCAUGAUAAAAUCUGAUCUGGUGGUAAGUGCUGUUUUCCGCCCUUGCUGUAGAACAGAUGUAGGCCUCAACAAAAAAAAAAUUGAGGUACCUUCGUUCCCGGCACAGAACUGAUGAAAAUAUUCUAUUAUCUACUAUUCGUUCCCGGCACAGAACCCACUUCUAGGUAUAGAGAAUGUUGUAACUUAGAGCGAGGACUUGAGUGUCCUUGCAGAGAAAUGGCUGAAAUACUGUUUGGCGUUACUGAGGCACUGUAAACUAUUCAUUGUUUAACCUGUUAUAGGUAAAAACAGAGUUUCCUGGGAUGGCAGUCCAUCCAUUUUAUGCAUCCAUGCUAAAGUUAACCAGUA